GCCAGCCAAGCCAUCCAGCCGGCCGGCGUCAUCGUUGUCUCCAAAGCGCCGAGUGCCUAUACCUAGCUUCCAAAACUGGAGUCCAAUACAGACAGACGCCACAGCCAACAAUUAACCUCGGCGCGCACAAGCACAGUACGCCCAGGAGCACGCCCAGGCAUGGACGUGGAAGCGCCCAAGGAGCCGCUCCCCGUGGGAGGAGCGGCGCGCGGCACCAGCAGCAACAACAAGGCGAUGCACUGGCUCAUGGUGGCGCUCAACUGCGGCAUGCUGACGCUGGGCACGACGGGCGGGCCGCUCCUGAGCCGCCUCUACUACAGCAAGGGCGGGCAGCGGCAGUGGCUGUCGGCCUGGCUCGAGACGGGCGGCUGGCCGCUGCUUCUCUUCCCUGUGUCCUUCUCCUACCUGGCCCGGCGCGCCCGCGACGGGCCCGGCGCGCCCCUGGUGCUCACCCGGCCGCGGACGCUCAUGGCCGCCGCGGCGCUCGGCUUGGCCACGGGCGCCGACGACUUCAUCUACGCCUACGGGCUCUCCUACCUGCCCGUCUCAACCUCCGCCAUCCUCAUCUCCACGCAGCUCGCCUUCACCGUCUUCUUCGCGUUCCUCGUCGUGCGGCAGCGGCUCACGGCCUUCUCCGUCAACGCCGUGGCGCUGCUCACCGUGGGCGCCGUCGUCCUGGGUCUGCACGCCUCGUCCGACCGCCCCGCGGGGGUCACCAGGGGGCAGUACUGGCUGGGCUUCUUCCUCAGCCUCGGCGCCGCAGCGCUCUACGGGCUCGUGCUGCCGCUCAUCGAGCUCGCCUACAAGCACGCCGCGGGCGGCGGCAGGGAAGUCACGUACGCGCUGGUGCUUGAGAUGCAGCUCGUCAUGGGGUUCUUCGCCACCGCCUUCUGCACCGUCGGCAUGGUCGUCAACAACGAUUUCCAGGCGAUCUCGAGGGAGGCGCGGGCGUUCGAGCUGGGGGAAACCCGGUACUACGUGGUGCUGGUGAGCUGCGCCGUCCUGUGGCAGUUCUUCUUCCUGGGGGCCGUGGGGGUCAUCUUCUGCGUGCACACGCUGUUCGCCGGGAUCCUCAUCGCCGUGUUCAUCCCGGUGACGGAGGUGCUGGGCGUCAUCUUCCUGCACGAGAAGUUCAGCAGCGAGAAGGGCGUGGCGCUCGUGCUCUCGCUCUGGGGCCUCGCCUCCUACUCCUACGGCGAGUACAGCGACGCCAAGGCCAAGAAGAAGAAAGCCGCCCUGCAAGCCCAAGAUCCGUAGCAUUGUAUAUUUGUUUUUUUUUCCUCUUUCGAAGUUUCAUAUUUCAGUUUGUAUGUGUCGUAUAUGUGGGCUCGUCGUAGCCAUGGGCUGGCUAGCAGAUGUAUUUAUCGAUUUAUGUGUGUGACUGACCAGUGACCAGAUGAGAUAGCAAACUCAAAAUUUUACAGUGGAAGUGUACAACACGUAAGGGAAUACGUGACAUUAUUUUUUGAAUAACACCGUGCGAUUCAGCAAUUAUGCAAAA